AUGGUGUAUCCCAAGGAUGAGGGAUACAUCAUUUGCAGACAACGGAGAUGGUUUUUCGAGGUGGUGAUUUUCGUGAAGUCGGUGCAACGUGCAGUGGCUCUGGACAAGUUGCUGGUGGAGUGCAAUUUUCCCUCCAUCGCGAUCCACUCCGGGCUCCAGCAGGAGGACCGAAUCGCAAGGUAUAAGCAAUUCAAGGAGUUCCAGAAGAGAAUCAUGGUCUCCACCGAUCUCUUUGGCCGGGGCAUCGAUAUCGAGAGGGUCAACAUUGUGAUCAACUACGAUAUGCCCGAUGAGAGCGACUCGUACCUGCACCGUGUGGGCCGAGCGGGACGCUUUGGAACCAAGGGCCUCGCAAUCACCUUCGUGGCCACGGACGAAGAUCAAGAGGUCUUGACGAAGGUGCAGGAACGCUUUGAGGUGACCAUUGGCGAGAUGCCUGCGUCCAUCGACACAACCUCCUACCUGAACGCCUGA